CGGUUGCUUCGGUUUAUCCCCAAAUUGGUAUUUUCCAUACUGUGAUGAAUACAGUAACUUUGAUGAGUUGCUGAUACAAAACAGUGCAGGCCAGACGUUGUCCCCGCAUUAUCACAGCAGAGCCAGCAUCACUGGGAAGACCACGAUGCUUUCAUCACGGAGCAAGCGAUGGUCUGCGCAACGUCAUAAAUCAGGCCUGAAAGGUUACCUGGCACAAGUAAAUGUUUCAUCCUCUGCCAAUAUGAUAUCAUGAUAUUGGAAAGCUUUUCCGGAGAGACUGUGCGUCACGCCACUCUCCGUUAGGUGCUAUUUUCGUCCUGCACUGGAAGACAUUCAUCCACCAUCUACCCACCCUGACAGCGCCCAAUAAACCCACCACUCCCAUUCAUCUCCACCCUCUCCACCCCCACCCUCCCUCGCUUCCCCUCCGCUUCUCCUGCGCACCAGCAUUUGUGACAAAAAAGCAACAUAGGUGAUUUGUAUUUGCUCAUUCAGGAGGAUUGUAUAGUGGCGCCGUGUUUUUUUCUCUUUUUGCCAGAUCACUUUGACACCUUUCUUCAAUUAAAAAUCUCCUGUGGUUCAGUUCUUCAACGAACAGUUUUCUCCAUGAACUCCAAGUCCUUGACCUGUCGCACUUGAUCCGGGAAGCAAGAAGAAGAAGGAUGACUAUCCACGUCGAGGGCCUCGUGGCUAUCGUGAUCUUCUAUCUCGUGAUUCUAUUCGUGGGGAUCUGGGCUGCUUGGAAGAAUAAGAACUCUGGAGUCGGGGAAAGUGGAGACCGGAGCGAGAGUAUUAUGGUCGGGGGAAGAGACAUAGGACUGUUCGUUGGUGGAGUGGUCUUUUCUUUGCCAAACCCAUGCGGUCACGUGGUUACGUCACCAUGCUGGACCCCUUCCAGCAGCUGUACGGGAAAAGAAUGGGGGGUCUUCUUUUCAUCCCUGCCCUGAUGGGGGAAAUCUUCUGGUCUGCAGCCAUUCUGUCUGCAUUAGGCGCCACGCUCAGCGUGAUAGUGGACAUAAACAUUGACAUGUCAGUGGUGAUCUCGGCGCUGAUUGCGAUCUUCUACACUCUUGUUGGAGGGCUUUACUCUGUGGCAUAUACAGAUGUGGUGCAGUUGUUCUGUAUCUUUUUGGGCUUGUGGAUCAGCGUGCCUUUUGCCCUUUCCAAUCCUGUUGUGUCAGACAUCACCGUUUCAGCCAAAGAAAGAAUAUAUCAGUCACCCUGGUUGGGCAAAAUCAAGCCUGAGGACAAAUGGCUCUGGGUAGACAAUUUCUUUUUGCUGAUGUUGGGGGGGAUUCCCUGGCAGGUCUAUUUUCAACGGGUUCUCUCUGCCUCUUCAGCUACUUAUGCUCAGGUUCUUUCCUUCCUCGCUGCCUUUGGCUGCUUGGUCAUGGCCGUCCCCUCGGUCCUCAUUGGAGCUAUAGGCGCUUCAACUGACUGGAACAAAACUACCUAUGGCCACCUGGCUCCAAAAGACAAAGAUGAUUCAGACAAGAUCCUUCCCAUUGUGCUUCAGCACCUCUGCCCGCCCUACAUCUCUUUCUUUGGACUAGGGGCGGUGUCUGCAGCAGUCAUGUCGUCAGCUGAUUCAUCCAUACUGUCGGCCAGCUCCAUGUUUGCCAGGAAUAUCUAUCAACUCGCUUUCAGGCAGUCGGCCUCAGAUCGUGAAAUCGUUUGGGUCAUGCGCAUCACCAUCUUUGUGUUUGGAGCUCUCGCCACAGCCAUGGCGUUGCUGACAGGAUCCGUGUAUGGACUGUGGUAUCUGAGCUCUGACCUCGUCUACGUCAUCAUUUUCCCCCAACUUCUCAGUGUGUUGUUUGUCAAGGGGACCAACACAUAUGGGUCAGUGGCAGGCUACAUCUUUGGCCUUUUGCUCCGUAUCGGUGGAGGGGAGCCCUACCUAAGACUUCCUCCGUUCAUCUACUACCCAGGCUGGGUAAUGGAAGAGAAGGUCCACCACCUCACUGGAAACGUUGAGUAUUUUGUCCUGCAAAGGUUCCCGUUUAAAUCCGUGUCCAUGGUGGCGUCUUUCUUGGCCAACGUUGCCUUCUCUUACCUUACGAAGUAUCUGUUUGAAAGUGGCAUUUUGUCACACAAAUACGACUUCCUGGAUGCCGUGGUGUCCAAGCACAGCAAGGAGAUCAUGGAUAAGGCUACACUGGUGAGCAACCACGAUAACAUCCUUUUGUCCGAGAUGGCUCCUGUCACACAAGCUAUAGGCGCGUCAAUUGCUGGGACUUUCACCAACACUGAGGCACUCAGUGACGACGAGGGCGCCUCGAGUCCAGAGUCUUUCCACAGCAAAUGAUGGACCUCAAAGGCACAAAGAGGACUCAAAACCAAGGAAUGUGAAGGGGAAGGAGCGGUACAAGAGGCAUCAGCAUUCUUCUGGAUUCUUGCUACUGCCACACUGGGAGCUGAAUCCAAAAACAAACUUGGCUUUCAAGUGACUCCAGAAGUUGGUAAAAUUGUGGUGACUGUGUGUCUGUUUUUUGUCAUCUUCUCUUUUUGAGCUUCCUUCUUUGGUAACUAGACUUUCACUGAGCUCUGCAGUGCAUAUCAUCAUCUCAUCUGAGAGCACCAUGUCUCCCAUUAAAUUAAUUUUCAUUUCAAUGCUGCUUCUCUAGCUUGGAGAAACCUUAAAUGAUCAGGUUGAGAGAGUUUAUAGUCAUGGGAUCAGUGCAAUAUAUUUAACCAAGGAACUGUGGCUGUAUCAGCAAGCGCCGUUUGUGCAGUUAAUGUUAAUCCAUGGAUCUACUUUCAAUACUAAACUGGCUAAAGACGCUAAUCCUGGUAGCUUUAGCUUACUUUAUGUUUAAAUGUGCAUAAUAAGUCGUGCAUAAUACUAUAGCAAUGGUAUUUAACCCUACUUUUGCAGAGUGGCCAGAAUAGGCCUUUUCAGGAACCCCGAAAGGGAUUCAGCGGUUCUGAAAAUUGAUGCUAAUGUAAAAGAAUAUGUUUUAUAGAGAAAUUAUACUGAUUUCAAGCUGCGGAGGUUUUCAGGAAAACACUUGUCUUAACACUUUUAUUUUUUCUUUUACAAACCCAAAUAUAAUUAAAUGUAUAAAAGUUAUAUAAAAUAAAUCCUUAAAACUCUCAAUACAGAUUAUAGCUUUAGCACAUUUUCCAAAGGUCCACUACCAAACUUUUGACACAUAAAUAUUGUCAGCAAUGCUAAAACUGAACCACUGUCAGUUUUUAGUGCAGACUGCCUUCCUGUGAUAUGGCUGUGCAGCAAAAACGGAAUCUGACAAUUUGUAUUCAACUUCCUGGUGGAAUUGCAUCAAAAGCUAAAACCCAAUGUAAAUAAUAGCAAGUUUUCAAGAUUUAAACGUAAACGCCUUUGCUAAUUAUUUUUGCUGCUAACUCUUAAAAAAAACUCCAAAACUUUGUGGCUAAAGUUUGGUCCUUUACCAUCUGUUAGGAAGACUGCAUCUCCCAUUGUUGAGGUCCCAAGAAGAAUAUGUUGGUGAAGUGCCAAAAUAAAACCCCACCACAAUGUUUAGUUUAAACCCCUUGACACCUGUUGUUGCAAAUAUACACCAAACAAAAAACACCUUAAUUUAGCAUUUACUUCCAAGCAAAAACAUCAAUGAACAUUUUUCUUCAUAACUGGAAAUAAAUUCAAGUGUCAAAGAGGUAAAGGUGGAGGAGCCAAGACCCCUACAGUCUAAUAGUUAUCUGCCUUAUGGGGCAUUCACACCGAACGGCGGCGUGCACGUCAAAUUCCACUCUUUUUUGACGCCUGUCAAAUUUACUGGUCAACACCUUGAUGCACCUGACACCUCUGCUGCAGAGCAACCACCGAAGAACUUCAUUCGUUGUCCACAUCAGUGGAAAACAUGGAUGAUGUUGAGCGAGUAGCUAGGUUCUAUAUGUUUUGGAGAGCUGUACAUAGGUGCAGAGAGGGAAAAAUAAAAGGAAAACUGCAAGAUCUUUUUAUUUCUGUCUUGAUGAAAAUAAGAAAACAUCAUAAGCCCAUUGAGCUACUGUAUAGUGAUCACGCACCAGUGCACAGCACCCCCAUCGGCUUUCCGUCUGCCGGGCAGCCAACCUCUGGCGGACUAGCAAAGCAAGCUCCGCAAAGCAGAAACCAGCAGCUAGUGCUGCUGCGUAUGCUAGCUCAGCGGGACCCUAGGAACAGGAGCUUGUUAAGCUGUUCACUGGGCAGCUGGCUAGCAUAGGGCUAGUGACAGACCGGCGACCUGUCUAGGGUGUGUACCGUCUUCGCCCAACAGUAGUCGGGAAUGUCUCCGGAAAUCCCAUGGGCCUCAGUGGGUUAAGAAAAUGGAUGGAAAUGGACAAAAAUCCUUAAAUCGAGCCACCAUAUUGAAUCUGUUUCUACCCCGAUUGGUUAACGAGCUCACCACACCUUGCCACGCCCGAAGCCCAAAUCGCGAGGGCGUUACGGUGUCCUUACAUUAACUUAAUAUUGAACCUUGAAUUCUGUCGCUUUUGGUGUGAAUGCACCAUUAUAGUCAAUAUUUGGUCAAAUCUCUUACAAAAGUUAAAAUCGUUGAUGUUCCAUUUGAUAAGACAUUUAUCCCACAUGAUAAAUGCGUGAAGUUCGGAGUUUGGAAAAAGAAGCUAUUUUAGACAAAGAAGUGUCAUUUGGGUGGAUGUUGAAAAUCAGCAAUGUUCAAAAAGUUUGAGUGUUAACCAAGGAUAGAAAGGAUCUUACCAAAUGCAAGUUGUGUUUAAAUGCUACGUCACUCACAAAUCGGUGUUACAGCUUUACAUUUCCCACUUCAACAGUGCUGAAUAUGUUUUGCAAAUGACUUUAUUUUGUAGAAUGUUUACCUUUAGUCAGUCACAGAACACAUACUUUACCCAGAUACUCAGCCUGAAUAAUCUGAGCUGUUGUAUUCCUUAAAUCAAUAUUCUUUUAAAACAGGAGGUAACAUGUCUUUAAAAUAACUGCUUUACUAUGAUCAGGUGCAAUUCAUGAAAACAAUUUUAAAAAAUGCAGAGCUUCAUUUCUGUGCUCCAUGUUGUGGCAGCUGGUAUAAUGGUGCAUAAUUUCUUCCACUUCACACAAUUUACUAUUUUGAAAAUAAAAAUGUCAAAUGCAGGAGAAAACCAAAACCAGGUUUACUCAGUUUUUCUGCAGAGCAGAUAGAUUUGUUAUUUUCUUGCUUUUGGAUUCAUUCUUAGCAAUCUAAAAUAGAGAAAAACUUUUUUGGAGGCUUUUUUUUUGUUCAUAUCAAAGUUUCAAAGGUAUCUUUGGUAAUUGAUUGAACAUUUACAACAAUAUGCCAAACCUAACAGCAGGAAAAUCCACACCUGGACUGUGGAAUUUGAUUUCUAAACAAGAAUAACAAAUAUCGAAAAAAAAAAACAUAAAAAAAAGUACAAUAUUAGUCAGUCCAAUUUUACUGAUGACUUAGUGUUUUAUUUACAUCACCUUUAUGUAAGAGGUUCUGGAAAAAACAUGUAGUUGUGCCUUUUGGUGAUUUGUUUGCUCAUCUGAAGACUGUAUUGACUGUCCAGUCCCAACAGGUUCAAGGAAACAGGAAAAUGAUUGUUUCCCGCUGAGUGGUGUGAGCGUGUCCGGUUAUUAUUGAUCCAACUGACGGCUGAUUAGCUUUCUGGACAUUUGAUUAAUGCUGCCUAGACAUUUGAAACAAGGAUUCACAAAAGUUUGAUUUGAAAUACACGAACACCCUAAAACUGUGUAUCCUCUUGUGUUAUUUGUCACAUAGCUGUUUUCCUUUUUUAAGAUUAAUUUGCUGUGUGCCAUUUAAAAAAACAAACAAAAAAAAAAACUGGCUUUUUUAGUUAUUUUUUUCUCUUGAAGAACAAAUCUAUUAUUUUUUCUUUUUGAAAAAGAGUCAGUGAAUGACAGAAUUUGAACUAAGUUACAAUCAGCUGUUGGUGUAAUUGUUUCUGUUUCCUUAACAUUCUAGUUUUUUGGGGGGUAUUGUGGAUGAAAAUGGUUAAACAUGGUACAAAAAGAAAACAAUACGUUUACUGGUUUUAUGCAAAGCAUUUCCAUACACUGAGAAGGCAACAGCUCGGCUAUUUAUGGUUCACGUGUGGAAGUGUGGGAAAAAUAAGCUUAAAAAUAAAAUAACUCAUUCUCUGGUUCUGUAUGUUCUAAACUUUUUUUGUAAUUGCUCAGUUUUAAUCAGACUUUUUGUAUGUUUUGACUUUUAUCAUCUGUGACUACAAGAGGGAAUUUCAAUCAGUUUUUUUUAACAAAGUUUUUCCCCAAUAUUUAAUAAAAUCUUGCCAUAAAUUAUUUUAUUUUCUUUUGCAUUUCAGAAAAAAGGCUGUUUUGGGGUACAUAUCAUUAAAUAAUUAAUUAAAACACUUCUUAUUUUCAUUUUAACUCUUUUUUUGUGGAAAUAUGUGUAAAUGUAUCAUUGGUUGUGCGAUGACCAUGGCCACAGUAUUCAAGCCUUUAAGUUGGAGAGUUACCGCUGUGAUCUGUGUUUGAGACCACAUCUGACAAAGUAUGGCCUAUCACAGGAAUGACACUGACCGUGUGCAAACUUCAAAAAAAAAAAAAAAAAAAACUGGAUGGCUGCUGGUCUGAUGCCAUUCGUGUCUGGGGAUGUCACUGGACUCAAAUGGAAUUGUUUACUGUCGUCUCUGUCUGAUGAGUGUGUAAUCUAGCUGAUCCAGAACUGUACACCACCAGAAUAAACUUAGUGUCGACUGUUGGAUUGACACGUUUAUAGGUCUGUCAGAAAAACAACAAUACUGUAUUUUUGUGUGAUAAAUAUACAUGAAAUCAAAUCUACUUUUAAAUGAAGCAUUAUAAAUGAUGUUUGUCUAUUUGUUUACUCAUGCAGUGUCUAUAAGAGUAUAAUUGUAAACGUGAAAUCAGUUGAAUAAAUAUUGUCGAUUUCACACAG